GCCUGGCGGGAAAGUCGAAAGUAAAAGGCGGUGACGGCUUCUCGGAAGUAAUUUAAGUGCAGAAGACUUUGGUCAAAAUGGUUUCCAAAGGAAGAUUGUCAAAGUCUAAGGAUAAAAAGAAUCUGACAGAAGAUGCUUCAAAAGCCAGGAAGCGACCACUUUCCAGAAAGACCAAGGAAUCUCAUGUUCCUAAUGAAGCUGAAGAAAAUGACAGUGUCUUUGUAAGGCUUCUUAAGACAUCAGGAAUUAUUCUUAGAACUGGAGAAAGUCAGAAUCAACUAGCUGUAGAUCAAGUAGUUUUCCAAAAGAAGCUCUUUCAGACCCUGAGGAAACAUCCUUCUUAUCCCAAAGUAAUAGAAGAAUUUAUUAGUGGCCUGGAGUCUUACAUUGAGGACCAAGACAGUUUCAGAAACUGCCUUUUGUCUUGUGAACGUCUGCAGGAUGAGGAAGCCAGUAUUAACACAUCUUAUUCUAAGAGCCUCAUCAAACUGCUUCUGGGGAUUGACAUAUUACAGCCUGCCAUUAUCAAAACCUUAUUUGAAAAGUUGCCAGAAUUUCUUUUUGAAAACACGAACAGUGAUGGAAUCAACAUGCCUCGCCUCAUUAUCAGUCAACUGAAAUGGCUUGACAGAGUUGUGGAUGGCAAGGACCUCUCCACCAAGAUCAUGCAGCUGAUCAGUAUUGCUCCAGUGUACUUGCAGCAUGACUUCAUCACCAGCCUACCUGAAAUCCUGGGGGAUUCUGAGCAUGCUGAUGUGGGGAAAGAACUCAGUGACCUACUGAUGGAGAAUACUUCACUUACUGUCCCAAUCCUGGAUGUCCUUUCUAGCCUCCGACUUGACUCAAACCUGCUGUCUAAGGUCCGCCAGUUGGUGAUGGGUAAGCUGUCGUCUGUCAAAUUAAAUGAUUUACCUGUAAUAAUCAAGUUCAUUCUUCAUUCUAUAACAGCUACAGAUGCACUUGAGGUAAUUUCUGAGCUUCGAGAGAGAUUGGAUGUGGAGCAUUUUAUUUUGCCAUCACGGUUUCUUGCUUCCCAAAGCACGUUGAAAAGUAAAGGCCGAGCAAGUUCUUCAGGACAUCAAGAAAGCAGUGAUCAGGACUGUAUUACUCUCCUCUUUGAUAUAAUAAAGUCAGCUGUUAGAUAUGAGAAAACCAUUUCAGAAGCCUGGAUUAAGGCGAUUGAAAGCACUGCCUCGGUGUCUGAACUCAAGAUUUUUGACCUGGCAAUGCUGCUCCUCAUCCAUAGCACCAACCCUCAGACAAAGAAGUACAUUGAGAGGGUGCUAAGAAAUAAGAUUCGAUCAGGCUGCGUUGAAGAACAGCUGUUACGGGGUACAUUCUAUAUUCAUCACUUGGUUCUUAAGGAUGUUUGUCCGUCCAUUCUGUUGCUGGCUCAGAGUUUGUUUCACUCCGUAGACCAGCGUAUAAUUUCGUUUGGCAGUCUCCUAUACAAAUAUGCAUUUAAGUUUUUUGACACUUACUGCCAGCAGGAAGUGGUUGGUGCACUAGUGACACAUGUCUGCAGUGGGAAUGAAACUGAAGUUGAUACUGCAUUGGAUCUCCUCCUAGAGUUGGUAGUACUAAAGCCAUCUGCUAUGAGGCUAAAUGCUGUCUUUGUGAAGAGCAUUUUGGAUUAUCUGGAUAAUAUGUCCCCUCAGCAAAUACGAAAACUCUUCUAUAUUCUCAGCACACUGGCAUUUAGCAAACAACAUGAAGCCAGCAGCCAUAUCCAGGAUGACAUGCACCUGGUGAUACGAAAGCAGCUCUCUAGCACCAUAUUCAGGUACAAACUAAUUGGGAUUAUUGGCGCCGUCACCAUGGCUGGCAUCAUGGCGGCAGACAGAAGUGAAUCUGCUAGUUCGACCCAAGGGAGGGCCGACCUGAGCAAUGAACAGUGCACACAGGUGACCUCCUUGCUGCAGUUGGUUCAUUCCUGUAGUGAGCAGUCUCCUUGGGCCUCUGCACUUUAUUAUGAUGAAUUUGCCAACCUGAUCCAAGGGGAAAAGCUGGCUCCAAAAGCCCUGGAAUGGGUUAGGGAGACCAUCUUUAAUGAUUUCCAAGAUGCCUUUGUGGUGGACUGCUGUGUUGUUCCAGAAGGUGACUUUCCAUUUCCUGUGAAAGCUCUCUAUGGACUGGAAGAAUACAAUACUCGUGAUGGGAUUGCUGUUAACCUCCUGCCAUUGUUGUUCUCUCAGGACUUUGCAAGAGAUGGGGAUCAAAUUGCUUCACAGCAAUCAAGCCAAAAAUUGGUGUCUCCAUUGUGUCUGGCUCCCUAUUUCCGGUUACUGAGACUUUGUGUGGAUAGACAACAUAAUGGAAACUUGGAGGAGAUUGAUGGUCUAUUAGAUUGUCCUAUCUUCCUCACUGACCUGGAGCCUGGAGAGAGUGUGGAGUCCAUGUCUGCUAAAGAGCGUUCAUUCAUGUGUUCACUCAUAUUUCUUACUCUCAACUGGUUCCGAGAGGUUGUGAAUGCUUUCUGCAGUCAGACAUCACCUGAGAUGAAGGGGAAGGUGCUCACACGUUUAAAGCACAUUGUAGAACUGCAGAAAAUCCUGGAAAAGUAUAUUGUAGUCACUCCAGACUAUGUUCCUCCUCUUGCAAACUUUGACUUGGAAACUUUACAUAUAACACCUCAUACCAGUACUGCUAUUUCAACAAAAAUCAGAAAAAAAGGAAAGAUGGGAAGGAAAAGAAAAGCAGAUGGCAGCAAAACAUCCUCCCCGGACACACUUUCAAAGGAGGAUUAUUCAGAACGUCAUGACCCUACACUGUGUGAUAGAAGCCAACUGGACAAGGAGUUCACAGGGAAGGAAGAAAAGACAUCAGUGUCACUACAGAAUUACCGUGCUUUCUUCCGAGAGCUGGACAUGGAGGUCUUCUCUAUUCUGCAUUGUGGGCUUGUGACCAAGUUCAUCUUAGAUACUGAAAUGCACACUGAA